AUGAUAUUAUUAAAAGUUAUAAUAUUUUUACUAUUAUCUUUUAUCGGGUAUCAAUUUUAUUUGGUCAAUAAAAAAACAGAUAGAAAUGGAAAUAAAAUACCCAAUGGUCCAUUUGCAAUCCCAAUUUUAGGUAAUUUAUUGUUAAAUAUAGGUGCAUCUCGACACUUGGUGUUAGAAAGAGUUGGAAAAAAGUUUGGAAGAGUUUACAGAUUAUUAAAAGGUGGCUUAUUCUGUAUUGUGGUAUCGGAUGUAGAGUUUAUUCGUCAAAUGGAUGAUAGUGGCAAUUUUAAUGCAAAGCCUUUACAGCCAUCUCAUGAAUAUGGUAGUAUUGGAUAUAAUGAUAUUGUAUUUACAAGUGAUCAAGCAAAAUGGGGCAGAAACAGGGAAUACUUAAUCAAAUCAUUAGCUAAAGUAAAAACUGUAAUGGAUGUAGAUCAAGAAAUUGAAGAACAAGUAAACAAUUUGAUUAGAGCUUUUCAGUAUCACCAAGAUAACAACUUAAUGAUACAUCCCAAACUAUAUCUAAAAAAAUUGGUAUUAAAUGUAUUUUUCAAGAUGACAUUUAACAAAACUUACCCAUACGAAGAUAUUCUUAGCAAUAAAAGUGAUUUCAAUCAAGAGUUUUUAGCCAAAUUAGAAAAGAAAGCUUUGUUUAUUGAUAAACAUAUAGGCGAUUAUCUAGAAAGAUUUAAACCAAAAUUUAGAGCCUUCUUUCAGAAAGCUAGGGGUUUCGAAAUAAUAUUAGGAAAUUUAAAAAUGGUCAAGGAUGAAUACAAUAAGCAUAUCAAUGGCGGCUCAACAAAUGAUAUCAUGGGUUUAUUGGUUGAACUAUUUAAAGGUGGCAGCAAUAGUGUAAAUGACGGCGAUCUUGACUCUUUAUAUGGUAUCAUCUUAAAUUUAUUAGAGUUUGGUAUAGAAGAAAUUUCAAAUACAAUGGAGUUUGUACUUUUAGAAUUAAUUAACAAUAGUACUGGUUCUGAAAAUCUUCAAGAUAUAUUAUAUCAAGAGAUUCAAUCUUUGGGAAUUCAAAAAGGACAAUACAUAUCAAAUGGGUUCCAAAAUAAAACCCCAAAACUAAACUCUUUCAUUAAAGAGGUAAUGAGAGUUCAUCCAAUCCAUCCGCUUGUAUUUAAAAGAUGCACAAAUAAUACUCAAAUUCAAAACUAUUUAGUUCAAGAAGGUACUUGUAUUAUCUUAAACUAUAAAUCAAUAAAUAAUGAUGAAAAGUACUUUGAAAGUCCAAAUCAGUUCAGAUAUAAUCGUUUUAUUGGUAACAGUGGUGAUGAUGAUGCAAACUUAAUGGUAUAUGGAAAUGGUGCAAGACGAUGUCCAGGUGAUCAGCUUUCAUCACAAUUGAUUUAUACUAUAACAAUUAAUAUUUUAAAUAAUUUUAUUAUUUUUUCAAAUAACAAUAGUAAAAUUUUAUUCAAAGAAUGUAAGGGAUCAUCAUAUAUAAUAAUGUAUUGCAUUACCAAUUAUUCUAAUAUUUUUUUUUUCGCCUAUAUAGAUUACAGUUUAACAAGUUUCCCAUCCCAAUUUGAAAUAAAACUUAUAAAUAGAGAAUAA